CAGCGCGUCUAACUCCACGUCCAUGAAUAAUCUCUCCAGCUCAAGACCUGAACGGAUUAAACCUCAAUGUUGAUAGAAUGAGGCAGGAAUGCAUGAACACAGAUAGACACAGCGCUGCGGUGUUAUUGUAUUUAGGCCUGUAAGAGGAUCUUUGACUAUAUGGAUUUACUGCGCUUUAUGGCAUGCCGAGCAAUGAAGGAUUCCGACAGCAAGUAACUUGAGCUGGACGCGCACAACGAACUCCUUAUACAUACCGGUCUUCCUUUGUUAGCCUGUGAUGUUCUUCAGUGGCCUGAGGAGCCUUUAUGAAUGACCCCAUUCAAUGACCUCCAUUGACUUUGCUGGAAAUGCUGAGGAGAGUAAUGGAUUUGUUUUUCUAUCUACAUCCAUCCUCUUAUUGCCAGUGUGCCUGGAUGCAGAUGAAUCCUCACAUACAGAGGAGACAGAGUGUGCUCAUUGUCAUAGUAACUGCUGGACUGAUAAAGCAACGUCCUGCAACUUGUGGCUAAAAGUCACAUUAUCACAUUAUUUGAAGAGCUACUGAAAAUCUUGCACAUUGAAAAAAAAAAUACAGUGCAGUAUAUUUUUGCAAUUUUUGUGAAGUUGGUAUUCUCUGUCAGGUACAGGGACUGUGGCACUAAUGUCGUCUAAAACAAAUGCAUCAACCUCAAGUUCCUUCAGUAAUUGACUCUGGUUGUUUGCUGGGGAGGGCCAGGCUCCAACCUCAUGGCAUGGGUCAAACUUUUUAAAAAGCCUGGAGGCAACAUGGCUGGGACAGGUACAGGUGCCUUGAGUGGAACAGGGCUGGGCAAGUCCUACCAGCCGGGCAGUAUGAUCUCUCUCGCUUUGACCAAAGGUCUUCUAAAUGAGCCAGGCCAGAACAGCUGCUUCCUUAACAGUGCUGUGCAGGUUCUUUGGCAGCUUGACAUCUUUAGGAGGAGCAUACGACACCUAUCUGGCCAUUUCUGCUUGGGAGAUGCCUGUAUUUUCUGUGCUUUAAAGAGCAUUUUCUGUCAGUUCCAGCAGAGUCGAGAGCGGGCUCUGCCAUCAGACACCCUGCGUCACGCUCUAGCCGAGACCUUUAAAGAUGAGCAGCGCUUCCAGCUGGGCCUCAUGGAUGAUGCAGCUGAGUGUUUUGAGAACAUUCUAGAAAGGAUACACCUGCACAUCGUUUCUGACUCAUCCACAGAAUUUUGUACUUCCAAAUCAUGCAUCACUCACCAGAAGUUUGCCAUGACUCUCUAUGAGCAGUUUGUUUGUCGUAGUUGUGGAGCAUCAUCAGACCCCCUCCCUUUCACUGAGCUUGUGCACUAUGUGUCCUCCACGGCCCUCUGUCAACAAGUGGAGCGAAUCUUGGAAAAGACAGACAGACUGCGCUCAGACAUGUUUGGUGAACUGCUGCAGGCAGCCAACACCAUUGGAGAUCUCCGCAACUGCCCUAGUAAUUGUGGGCAGAGGAUAAAAAUCCGACGUGUGCUAAUGAACUGCCCAGAGAUUGUCACCAUUGGCUUUGUGUGGGAUGCUGAACAGUCUGAUCUCACUGAAGAUGUCAUCCGCUCUCUGGGCCCAAACCUCAAUCUUUCAGGGCUUUUUUAUAGAGUCACUGAUGAAAAUGCAAAGAAAAGAGAUCUCCACCUGGUGGGAAUGAUCUGUUACUCUAGUCGACAUUAUCUAGCAUUCGCUUUUCACAGCAAGUCUUCCAAAUGGAUAUUUUUUGAUGAUGCUACCGUGAAAGAGAUUGGCUCCAAGUGGAAAGAUGUGGCAUCUAAAUGUAUCCGAGGUCACUUCCAGCCACUCCUCUUAUUCUAUGCCAACCCGGAUGGUACUGCAGUGUCCAAUGAGGAUGCCCCCAGACAGACCACCAUGUGGUCCCGUUAUAACUCCCCCCUCAAUGGGAAAGGGACAGACACUCAGCUGUCAAGCUCUAAGAAACUGGACAGUUUGAGAGAUGUGAGUGCAGGUUCCCAACGAACAAAUCAGGGAUCCCACAAAACACCAAUGCAAUCAUCAUCCAAUCGUUUGCUUCCAGAAAGUCCCUGCAAGUUUCGAGAGUCUUCCAGAGAUUUUUCUCACCGUGGAGGAGGACAGAGGAAAGACAGUGAAAGAAGCUACCGAAAAUCAGACUCUCUCCAACACAAAGAUAUGACAUAUACUCUAUCAUCUUCUCCCCCUGAAAAUGGCCAAAGGUUUCAUUCUGACCAGAGACAGAGAACUCUCCCCUCACGAGUCUCUCGACCUGAGCAUUCUUCAGUACAUGUUCGCGUAUCACCCCAGGAGUUACGCUCAAACCAGGGACUGGCCACUGGCACAAGCCGUCACAUUGAUUCAUCAUCUCUCUGCCAUCGUGGGUCCACAAAUCUCCCCGAGCGUGGCAAGUCCAAGCCCUCAUGGAGACCGGUGCGAGAGGUACUGAAUGUGGACAGUGUGCUGAGCGAACUAGAACAACGUCAGCAGCAGCAACAACGUGGGAGCCCUCGAUGUGUCCGCCGCUUUGGCCAUGAGAGAGGGCUGAUAAAGGAGAAACAAAAAGGUCUGAUGACUAUUUACGAAGAUGACUCGCGUUUGGAGACUGAAAGUCAAAGCUCCCAGGAGUCUCAGCGACAGAUAAUGGUGACCAGACCUAAAGGUGGAGCAAAUGUCGCACAGCGGAGUGAUAAUUGGAUGAUCCAGAGGACAGAGUCAGGAUACGAGAGCAGUGAUAGGUUGAGCAGUGGUUCCACCAAUCCUGACUCACCAGGUGUUGAGAACUUCACAGGCAAAGAGCUCAAACUCAGUGAAGAAGCACAGCACCUCAGGGAUCAAGGCCAUAAUAAUCAAGGGGAUUCAAAAAUGGAGGGAGUGCGUUCUCCGCUGUAUCACAGUAAGCAUUUGGUUAAAAUUCAGGGAAAGAACUCAGAACAUCUCAUGAAAGGCAGUCCAAGUUCAAGAAGGAAGCUUAGAUACUCAUCCUGUGGUGCCAGGAAAGGGGGGUACGCAGAGAAAGACCCAUCGGCCGGCAACCUUCAAGUAGAGCAACAGGAAGUUUCCAUGCGAUGGCACCACAGUCCGGAAAGCCCCCUUCUGCGCCGCCUGGGCAAGAUCAGCAGUUUAGAGUGUAACAGUUCUGAUGAACUCACUAACCCUCUUUCAGAGCAGGAAGACAGUGCUUAUCGUUCUAGCACCAGUGAAGUCGCUCCACACGAAUCACCGGGUCCUAAUGGCACCAUUUACCCUUUGCAGCCGAGGGAAGAGUCAGCAAUAGCUCCAUCAAUGCCAACUCAUUCCAAACACGGACAGCGACCGAUUGAGAUAAAGACUCCACCCUUCCGUCCCAGAAUUUUACAGGAGCCAUCACAGACAGCAUCCAGAGCAUCCGACCGUGGCGUUUCAUCGUUGCACACCACUGCAGUACACAAGAGAAUGGAAAUCAAUGGCACAUGCCCAAGCUCAUCAGAUGUGAGCUCAAAAUCGUGUUCGGACCAGGAAAGAGGGGAGCAGGUGUCCUGCCAGCCUGAGGAAAGAUCUUGUGGGUGGGAUAAGCCAUCUGCCUCAGUGUCUCCAGGAUCUGGAGUAGCACUGACCACUUAUUUCUCCGUGGAUAAUUGUAUGACAGACAACUACAGACUAAAGUAUCACCACCAGAGGCCGUUGGUCCUCUCCAUGCCUGAGCCGAGAGGAGCUGUUAAGGACGGGAGAGACACGGGACAUUCAAGCCGCAUAGAGAACCAGUCUGAACGUGCCAAAAAUAAGUCUGACUCUGGCAAUAGCAUCAAUAAGCCCACUGCUAAAUGGCACCCUGUCACUUCAAAAGGGCUAGAUGAACAUGGAUAUUUGUGAAAGUUAUGGUCCUGGUGACCCAGUGAGAAGUAAUGCAAGAGAAUUGCCAAAGAUGUUAAACAUAUGGAUUGUUUUUGUACUUAGCAUAGGAGAGAUGUGUCCUUUUGUACACUCUCCCUGUAAAUUGUGAAGUUUGAGUAUCUUAUGAGAUCCACAACAGCCAUCCCCAAGAGGGCAGUAUGCACUUAGGCUUAAAUCAGUAUUUGCUUGUGAAUGACCAUUUUAUGCUGAAUAUCAAAUUUAUUGAUUAUCUUUUACUGAAUUGUGAUAGAUAAUACAGUAUACUACCAUUCAAAAGUUUUAUGUUUUUAAAAUAAAUCUCUUCUGCUCACCAAGGCUGCAUUUAUUUGACCCAAAA